AUGCUCUUAAUUCUACUUGUUAGAACCCGUAGGCGUCGUCAUAGGAAACGGUGCUCCAGGUACCCGGUGCAAUUGGAUUUCGGCGAUGACCUACUCUUCAACCGCGACAUAAUUCAUGCGGCGCUUAAGUCGGUCGGAUUGGACGAUUCCAUGCUUGAUGUACCCUACCCUUCUUUCGAUCCCCUCAAAGCCCUCCAAUCCCUUCGAGUUGCAAUGCUUGGCAGUUCGGCUGCCAUGUUGGCAGCAGUGGCAGGUGGUACGGGGUCUGUGAAUACACCCGGGGGUCGAGCCAGUGGCGCCUCCGAUUACGGCUCGUCGACCAAUCGAUUCUCGGGAUGGGGCACAUUGCCAGGCUCUCUGGGCUAUGGUGUUGGAACGGCGGAUAACGCUCUCCGGACUGGGGGCCAGUAAUUACAACUGCAGCGCUCAAGCUCUGAGUCUCGAAUCGGUAGUAGUAGUAGUAGAGAUCCUCGGUGUUUGAGUUCGAGGUGUGUCCUGGCGAGGCAUUCUGACACCAACGAUUAUCAAAGUUCAACAAGUACUCUGUUAAAUCAUCGUUCAAUUGAUCGUUGGGGCGAACUCAAUACUCCACAGCUCUUCCCAUUUCAAAUGCCCGGAAAGUGGCGUUGCGUUGAUUUCUCAGCGUUUCAUUUGUUUCUUUAUGGAUCGAAAGGUGGCUUGGCUAAUAGUCAAUCGAUGAGCAGUUUGUCGAUGGAUGGAAGUGCUCAAUCAGUCCCCAACGCCGGUUCUGAGGCGUCAGAUCUCGAGAAGGAAGAAAUGAUCUCAUUCAGACACGCCCAACAAAUCCUAUACGAAUCACCAGAGACACGGAGACGACGAAAAUAUGCCGAGAAUAUGCAAAUGGCUAAUACUUUCGAUAAUGCUAUCGGUAAAGCCCCAAUGGACUUCAAUGAACUCUGUGCCCUCCACACUGAACGGCCUUUUGAUGGAAAUAAGCGUCCUGCCUCCUCAAAUUCAACCCGCGUUCUAAAGAAGACCUCAGAAUUAUAA